UUUUUCAAAAAAUCGUUUUUAAGGUAUGAUAACUCUCAACAGGGAUGUGGCCUGUUUGAGUAUCAUAUUCCUCGCCUCGCUUUGCGAGGCUUUGGAAGUGUACACGAAUCACUUCCAUGUACACACUAAGGAGCCAGGGCUAGAAAAUGCGCACAAAAUUGCAAAGAGGCAUGGAUUUAUCAAUAGGGGACCGGUUCUCGGCUCGGAUCGCGAGUUCCACUUCGUGCAGCCAGCUCUUUCGCACGCGAGAACGAAGAGAUCGAUUGGGCAUCACGCAAAACUACACAACGACAACGACGUAUUGCACGUCGAACAACUAACCGGGUAUAAACGCACAAAGCGGGGAUAUAGGCCGUUGGCUGAACGUCUACAGAGCCAGUUUGACUUCUCCUCUGUGCAAUCACCGACUGAUCCAUUGUACAACUAUCAAUGGUAUCUGAAAAACACCGGACAAGCUGGCGGAAAGGCUCGUUUGGACCUCAAUGUGGAAAAGGCAUGGGCAUUGGGUUUCACCGGAAAGAACAUAACGACAGCAAUUAUGGAUGACGGCGUUGAUUACAUGCAUCCAGAUAUCAAGAACAAUUUCAACGCUGAAGCCAGUUAUGACUUUUCAUCAAAUGAUCCUUUCCCCUACCCAAGGUACACUGACGACUGGUUCAACUCCCAUGGAACGAGAUGCGCUGGAGAGAUCGCAGCUGCUCGUGACAAUGGUGUAUGUGGCGUCGGUGUAGCCUACGAUAGCAAAGUAGCUGGAAUCCGGAUGCUUGAUCAGCCCUAUAUGACAGAUCUCAUCGAGGCCAACUCCAUGGGUCAUGAACCUAACAAGAUCCACAUCUACUCUGCCAGCUGGGGUCCAACAGAUGACGGCAAGACGGUUGACGGGCCACGUAAUGCUACGAUGAGGGCUAUUGUGAAAGGUGUCAAUGAGGGUCGAAAUGGUCUUGGUUCGAUCUUCGUUUGGGCGUCUGGAGAUGGUGGUGAGGACGAUGACUGCAACUGUGAUGGAUAUGCAGCGUCAAUGUGGACCAUCUCCAUUAACAGUGCUAUUAACAACGGUGAAAACGCUCACUAUGACGAAUCAUGCUCAUCCACCUUGGCAUCAACUUUCUCAAAUGGUGGUAGGAAUCCUGAAACUGGCGUUGCUACUACCGAUUUGUAUGGAAGAUGCACACGCUCUCAUUCUGGAACCUCAGCUGCCGCUCCAGAAGCCGCCGGAGUGUUUGCCUUGGCACUUGAGGCUAAUCCCAAGCUGACAUGGCGCGACCUUCAACAUCUUACGGUGCUUACAUCGACUCGAAACUCGUUGUUCGAUGGACGUUGCCGCGACUUGCCAGAUCUGGGACUAGGGGACGCUAACGAGAAGAAGUCAAAAGGUAAUUGUACGCACUUCGAAUGGCAGAUGAAUGGAGUCGGCCUCGAAUAUAAUCACCUGUUCGGCUUUGGCGUUUUAGAUGCCGCUGAAAUGGUAAUGCUCGCGAUGGUCUGGAAAACAGCACCACCACGUUAUCAUUGCACCGGUGGUACCAUCGACACACCUCAUGAAAUCCCUGAAGAUGGUAACUUGGUCCUUGAACUCAAUACGGAUGCAUGCAUGGGCACGGCGACAGAAGUCAGAUAUUUGGAACAUGUGCAAGCUGUAGUGUCAUUCAACUCGACUCGAAGAGGUGACACUACGCUGUAUUUGGAGUCACCUAUGGGAACACGCACUAUGAUUCUGUCUCGACGUCCAAAAGACGAUGAUGCUAAAGACGGCUUUACCAACUGGCCGUUCAUGACCACUCACACUUGGGGUGAGAACCCUAUAGGAAAGUGGAAACUCAUCGUCAGAUUCCAGGGACCAGGCAAGCAUCGUGGAACGCUGAAGAAGUUCUCGUUGAUGCUGCACGGCACGAAAGAACCACCAUACGCGGGAAUCGAGCCGCUUCUCGGUCAUGUAAACUCGAAGCUUCAAGUGGUGCAAACUGCGCAUAAGAGAAUCUCGCCCUGA